AUGACAGACUAUGCGGCAAAGCUGCUCAAUGAGCUGAUGGGACGAAGCAGGAACCUGAUGCCCAAUGAACAGGAAAAGAAGCUAACAUGGGACUCACCAGAGAUGUGUCAUCUGUUCCUGGCCAAGAUCUGUCCACAUGAGCUGUUCACCAACACAAAGGCUGACCUGGGUUCAUGCGGUGGCAUUCACGAUGACGAUGUGAAGGUGGAGUUUGACAAGCUCCCCAGCUUCAAACGGCAGGCCUACGAGGAUGAAUUCAUCCGCUUCUGUCAGUCGAUGCUGAAUGAAGUGGAGAAGAAAAUCAAGAAGCAGCGACAGCGUCUGGAACUGCAACCCAACGACCACAAGUUGUCAUCGCUGGUACCUCCGCAGUUCACGCGUCAUGAGGACAAAAUCGGCAUGCUCACCGACAAGAUCAACAAACUCGUCUCCGAAGUGGAGGAGCUCGGCUGCAAGGGACAGGUGGAGGAGGCGCAGGGCAUCAUGAAGCUCACCGACAAGCUCAAGGACGAGCGGGACCAGCUGCGCCGAGCCAACGAGGGCUCGGUCUGGCACCAGGCGGCCGAGAUGGCUGCCUCGCAGGAGAAGCAGAUGCAGGUGUGCGAGAUAUGCGGCUCCUUCCUCAUCGUCGGCGACGCCCAGCAGCGCAUCGACGACCACCUCACCGGCAAGAUGCACAUGGGCUACGCCCAGCUGCGCGACGCCAUCGACGAGAUGCGGGUGUCUCGCGAAAAGGAGAAGCACGACCGCGAGGCGAGGUGA